AUGCCUUCAAAAAACAGUCUUUCAGAACAAGCUCAUGAGCAUGAGUUGGAUGAAGAAAAGGUUGACGAGUCUGUCAAGGAAGAUAUGCAGAAACUGGAAGAUACAUUCCCAGGGAUCUCAGAGAGGUUCCGUUUGAUCAAUCGGAUUGGUGAAGGGACAUUUUCCACCGUGUACAAAGCUGAAGAUCUCCUUUACGACUCCUAUGACAACGAUUGGAAUCUCGAAAAAGACCUUAAUGAUAGCCAUUGGGACAGCCCACCAUCAAAAAAACGUCGACUGGGAGAUACCUUGACUAGCGGUACACCAAGCAACGAAAAGAGAAAACCACGAUAUGUCGCUCUCAAAAAGAUAUAUGUUACCAGUAGCCCUUUCCGCAUCCAGAAUGAAUUGGAGUUACUACAUGAUCUUCGAGGAUGCCGGUCCGUUUGCCCGCUCAUCACGGCCUUCAGGCACCAGGACCAGGUAGUCGCGGUUCUUCCUUUCUUUCCCCAUACAGAUUUUCGCAUACAAUAUCGCACAUUUCUAGUUGCCGAUAUGCGUCAUUAUUUUCGAUCAUUGCUCUCUGCGCUAACGUCUGUGCAUAAACAUGGAAUUUUGCACCGAGACAUUAAACCUACCAACUUUCUCUACGAUCCGGAACGGCGACGAGGGGUACUAGUUGAUUUUGGCCUGGCCGAGCGCCAAGGAUCUGACUAUACCUCCCCUUGUUUAUGUACAAACUCGUCAUACGUGCGACGACAGAGGCUCUUGGGGAGCUACUACAACUCUCAUGCCAUGCAACAACCGAACGGUUAUCCUAAAAACGACUCUCGGCCAUCUCGAAGAGCAAACAGAGCUGGAACGCGUGGCUUUCGUGCUCCAGAAGUCCUCUUCAAAUGCACAUCACAAACCACCAAGAUAGACAUGUGGUCUGCAGGGGUUAUUCUACUCACCCUACUUGGCCGACGAUUCCCAUUCUUCAAUUCUGCCGACGACGUCGAUGCCUUGAUCGAAAUGGCUAGUAUCUUUGGUAACCGGCGAAUGAAGGCUGCGGCAGCCAUGCACGGGCAGAUUUUCGAAACAAAUAUCCCUACGAUUGGGGAAAAGGGUUAUAGCUGGGAGAAGCUUAUCAUCUGGUCCAGCUGCGUGGAAGAUUUGACUGAGAGCGAGAAACAGGCUAUUCGUCUGCUCUCUGGGUUGAUGGAAUUAGACCCUUCCAAGAGGCUCAGUGCUCGGGAAGCAUUGCAGCACGAGUUCUUUUGGGAACCGAUCGAUCAUGAUAUCGCGUGGGGUGGUGAGCCUGAUGGAGGGGAUUCUAGUGAACAUGGCGAUCCUCAGGAAGAAAACAAGGAUGAAAUGACAAUGCUUUGA